AGCAGAGCAGCAUUCAAACUUUGGAUACCAAUAGAAGGAAGAGCGACAGACGAACACGGAACUAACCGAUCGCGGCUCUUUAAAAUCAGCAGGCCUUCUGACUUUCUGGAUAUUUUAAUACUGGAUAGAUUUUACUCAUCGGCUUUUGACAGGAUGAUGUUUACCAGCCUUAACGCCGAUUGUGACGCGUCUUCCCGGUGCAGCACGGCGUCACCGAGCGGCGAGAGCGUCGCGUAUUACCCGCCUCAGGAGUUCACGGACCUGAGCGUCUCAAGUGCCUCUUUCGUUCCGACUGUCACGGCGAUCUCUUCAUGCCCGGACCUGCAGUGGAUGGUUCAGCCUAUGAGUUCAUCUGUGGCGCCCUCCAACUGCGGAGCUCGAUCUUACACCCCGAGCCCGAGCCCUUACCCCAAAAUGAGGGUCACUGGAACUAAGUCCCUGAGUUCAAACAAGAGAACCAGAACUGAACAGCUCUCCCCAGAGGAUGAGGAAAAGAAAAGAGUCCGCCGUGAACGCAACAAGAUGGCCGCAGCAAAAUGCCGCAACCGAAGACGAGAACUCACUGAUACUCUGCAAGCUGAAACAGACAAACUCGAGGAUGAGAAAUCCACCCUCCAAAAUGACAUCGCUAGCCUUCUCAAAGAGAAGGAGAGGUUGGAGUUCAUCCUCGCUGCACACAAACCCAUCUGCAAGAUCCCCUCAGGGGCCGAUAUCCACUUCCCCAAGCCGUCCGUCUCUCCCAUCACCUCUGAAUCAGUCCCGGAGAUCCUCAGUGUUACUACCUCAGGAGUUUCCACACCAAGUAAACCAGCUGCAACCUCUUCUAGCACCUCGCUGUUUUCUAGCACACCCUCCACUGACAGCUUCAACUCGACGGUGAGGAUCUCAGACCUGGAGCCCUCACUGGAAGAGUCUCUGGAGCUCUUGGCUAAAGCAGAGAUGGAGACCGCUCGCUCGGUUCCUGAUGUGGACCUGUCUAGCUCUUUGUACACCCAAGACUGGGAGCCACUCUACACGCCGGCUAAUAACGACCUGGAGCCCCUUUGCACACCUGUCGUCACCUGCACCCCAGUCUGCACUACGUAUACGUCUUCCUUUAUGUUUACCUACCCAGAAAAUGACAUCUUCCCCACCCACCGGAGGGGCAGCAACGACCAGUCAUCCGACUCCCUGAAUUCUCCAACCCUCCUCACGCUUUAAAUCAUCCUAUAGACAUUUAGUAUUUGAAUUCUGACACACAACUUGACUUAAAAUGGCAUAGCAGGGCUAUGGAACUGACUCCUAUCAAGCAAUCGUUAUUGCUUCCUAUAUUUAUCGAUACCAUACAUGCCUGCCAAAUGUAGCAAGAUAAGCAUGGGUUAACUACUUUUAAAUUAAUGAUCUAGUUAUUGUUAAAUUAAACUUAUAAUAUAGUUUUCAGUUGGUGCUAGAUUGAAUUGUUGUAUUAGUGUGUUCUGGGCAAUAUAGAACUAACAUGUUUUGCCUUUAUGGUUGAUUUUUGAAUGUGUGAAUUUUGUUAUUUGCUCAAAUGUGUGCUGCCUAACCAUUGCAUUAAAUGGUCUAAUGUCCAAGUAUGAAGUUUUCUGUGAAAACGUAGUCUUUUUAAUUUAUGGGAUUUUUAUUUUUGUACUGAAAUGUGAACUUGCGAAUUGUUUGCAAAACUAGUCACAAUAAAUAUAUGUACGGUAA